UUUACAGACAUUGUUAAAUUGGUUUACGCAGUGAAUUCGUAUACAGCGCCAUCAACGCGUGAUAAGAUGAAUCGCGAGAAGCGGUUGCGAGGGCUGUAACUCACAUUUACGUGUGAAAAUUUAAUUAACACUACGUUACAGUAUCUCUUUGGGGUUGCAACAUAGAUCCCAAGCAGAUUUUUGAAGUCGGCUAUAAAGCCGAUUAUCACGAAACACGAAAGUGCUACGAAAAUAAGAUUAAAAAUCGAUUUCGAGGUUUCUAGAAGAAAAGGCUACCAUAGAGGCGGACAAUCUGCCACACUUUGCGGGGUGACGCGGGGAUAUUUUCAGAUAAUCAGAUAUUUCAUCAAAUAUGGCUGCGCUACCAAGGAGGAUUAUCAAAGAAACACAAAGAUUAAUGCAAGAACCAGUUCCUGGUAUCAGUGCUGUGCCAGAUGAUACAAAUGCUAGGUAUUUUCAUGUAAUUGUAACUGGACCUGAAGAUUCGCCAUUUGAAGGUGGACUUUUUAAACUUGAAUUGUUCCUACCAGAAGACUAUCCAAUGUCUGCUCCUAAAGUUAGAUUCAUUACAAAAAUUUAUCAUCCAAAUAUAGACAGAUUGGGCAGGAUUUGCUUGGAUAUCCUUAAAGACAAAUGGAGUCCUGCUCUUCAAAUCAGAACAGUUUUACUAUCAAUACAAGCACUACUAAGUGCACCAAAUCCAGAUGAUCCUUUGGCAAAUGAUGUAGCUGAACUUUGGAAAGUAAAUGAAAGCGAAGCAAUACGUAAUGCCAAAGAAUGGACUCGGAGAUAUGCUAUGGACAACUGAUCUUAGAUCAUCCAUGAUGCAAAGUGAUGUUACCCUUUUCUUUCCGAGUUUACCGAUCACUUUACUCGCACCAGCUGCGUACCCUGCACCUGUGUCCACAAUUUUGCUAUAAAAAUAAUAAAAGUUUUGUAAGAGUAAACAGAAUGAAACUGUAUUUUCUAUAUUGCGGGGAAUACAAAGAUGUCGUGUUUAGAUUUCUUCAACGGUUUGUGAAGCAGAUUUGUCAAGAAUCUUCUAACAUUGAACAACAUCAAUUGUAAGAAGAUUCCUAUUUCAAAAAGAAAAAGGUAUAAUUUUAAUGGAUUACUAGUUUUUACUUAAAAAUAUACCUUUGUAGUAAAAAUAAGUGAAUGUAGUAUGUUGCGUCAACAUUUUUUUUAAAUAUUAUUACAGAAUGGCUUGUGCAAUCAGUAA